UUAUCCCCACCCACACAUCUUGUGUCCGAUUGGUUGAGGGUGUUGUCAAUAUUAAUCCUGGAGGGCGGAACCUGAGAAAAAUGGCUUCUGUGACUGUAGGCGAGCUGCAAGAUAUGGAAGUUGACAGGCGGGGAGAGUCGGAGGAGUCGGGGGAUGACGAGGGGAAGAAGAAGGGCCUCAACGGAGAAUCAGAGCCCCAGCAGCCUGCUCUGCCCGAGAAGGAGGAGUCCCCCGUUGACAUGGACACAAUAACCCUUGACCCUGAGGAGGAGGAUGUUGAUUUGGUUCACUGUCGGAUUGGGAAGAUCGAGGGCUUGGAGAUCCUAAAGAAAGCCAAGACCAUCAGCCUGCGGCAAAACCUCAUCAAGCAGAUUGAGAACCUGGAGUCUCUGAGUGGACUCAGGGAGCUGGACCUGUACGACAACCAGAUUUACAAGCUGGAGAACCUUCAGGCUCUCACAGAAAUGGAGGUCCUGGAUGUGUCCUUCAACGUCCUGAGGAAAAUCGAGGGCUUGGAGCGCCUGACCCGCCUGCGCAAACUCUUCCUGCUGCACAACAAGAUCAGUCGCAUUGAUAAUGUGGGCCAUCUAAGCAACCUAGAGAUGCUGGAGCUGGGCUCCAACCGAAUCCGGGUCAUUGAGAAUCUGGAUGCUCUCUCCCAGCUAGACAGCCUGUUCCUGGGCACCAACAAGAUCACCAGACUGCAGAAUCUGGACGGCCUCCACAACCUCACUGUCCUCAGCAUUCAGAGUAACCGGAUUACCAAGAUGGAGGGCCUGCAGAGCCUCGUGAACCUGCGGGAGCUGUACCUCAGCCACAACGGCAUCGAGGUGAUCGAGGGGCUGGAGAACAAUAAAAAGCUGACCACUCUGGAUGUCGCGGCCAACAGGAUAAAGAAGAUUGAGAACAUCAGCCACCUAACAGAGCUGCAGGAGUUUUGGAUGAACGACAACCAGAUCGAGAACUGGGGGGACCUGGACGAGCUGAAGAACGCUGAGCUGCACUUUUAG